UGGUUUCGUUUGCUGGCGUGGGAAGAGAAGUUUCUUCGGGGAUCUUUUAUUUGUGAACAGUUUUGGAAGCACAUACAUGUAACUACUUAAAAAGGUGAACUGGUCCAGCUGCGUGGAACGUACCAUUCCCCGGUCCCCCCCCCCUCCUGCAGCGGCAGCAGCAGACAUGCGCGGCUCUGAAGAGGGCGUGUCUGGCACCGUGCUGCACCGGCUGAUCCAGGAACAGCUGCGCUACGGGAACGGAGGUACGAGAGGAGAGGAGAAUGACACGUUAUCGGCCGGCGGCCCCGCCUCCACAGAGAACCUGCUUCUUCAGGAAGAGGGGCACGCCGCCCCCCCCUACCCCGUCACCCCCCCUCAGACUCAGUCGAGACAAGAGCCUCAAGGCCAAGAGCACCAGGUGGACAGUAGCUCCAUGGAGAAAAACGGAGGCGGAGGCCAGAGCGUCUGUAGGGAUGCCCAGACAAGCCUCACUCUCCCCGGGCACAGUGAUCAGGGUCUCCCCUCUUACGAGGAGGCUAAGAUCCAGUCCCAGCUGUACAAGGGCCAACAGAACCAGCUGGAACCGCAACAGCAAAACCCAAUCCAUCCAAACCCAAACAACCAAAUCCAGACCCAUCAGAACCAGACGCAUCACAAUCAGACCCUUCAGUCUCAAAUCCUGCAGCGCCAGAACGAGCUUCAUCCGGUCACGGCCCAGUCGACCGUCUGCGUCAGCGCUGGGUCCUGUGCCAGCAUCACCUUCAGCUCCUCUCCUUCCCCUCUCUCCUCCGCUGCCUCGAUCUCUUCCCCUCCCUCUCUGUCCUCCUCGCCCUCCCCCGUGUCGGCGAUGCCGGCGAAGGCCCGGACGGAGGGCCGUGCGUGGGUGCCCCGGGUGUGCGUGGGGGGGGUCCCGUUGCGCGACGAGGGUCUGGCCGAGCUGAAACAGGGUCAUGUCAGGUCUCUGAGCGAGCGCCUCAUGCAGCUCACCCUGGAACGCAACGGGGUCAAACACGGCGGGGAGCUCUCCGACGCCGCGUCCGACCCGGGCGAAAACGCCGCUCGUCCCGGGGCGGAGAGCGCGGCGACGCGUUCCCCUCCGUCCUCCGGCAAGGCGACGAAAAACGCCCUGCCGCCCCCGCCCCCUCCUCCGCCUCCUCCGCCCUCACAGAAGGGGCUGGCGGAUCCCCGCGGCCCUCCUCCUGAGUACCCCUUUAAACCCAGAGCGCCUCCGUCAAGCCCCGCCCCCUUAACACAGGAACACGCCCUCCAGAUCUACAGCGACACGCUGACAGCAGCCGUGUUUGAGACAGUGCCACAAAGUGAAAUUAUGAGACCGUAUCCACCCUCAGUUGGAGGUUUAUCUCACCAGCUUCUACAACAGCACAGUCCCAUGUCCUCCCAGGCCUCCACCCCUCCAGCCAUGCUGCCCUCCCAGGCCUCACUUCUUCAGCCCCAGGCCUCUUACCAUCAGGCCCUGGCUGGGUCUCCUGUCCAGGGCCUGGCUGUUCGCGUGGCCCCGCUGGGCCAGCCCUUCCCCGGGGAGGCAUUUGCGAUUGUCGGACGUGCCCAGCAGUUACUGGAGGUUCUUAACGAGGAGAACCGGAAUCUGAGACAGGAGCUCCAAAACCACACGGAAAAAUCAAACAAACUGCAGCGGUUGGAGGCAGAGGUGGGCCGUCUGGCGGAGGCGUAUGAGAGUUUGGUGAGGAGCUCCUCUAAAAGGGAGAGUCUGGACAAAACCAUGAGGAGUAAACUGGAGGGAGAAAUCAGACGCCUCCAUGACUUUAACAGGGACUUGAGAGAUCGUCUGGAAACAGCCAAUCGUCAGCUAGCCAGUCAGGAGCUGGACGGGCAAGAGGACGGACAACUCCUUCUCUCCCGAAGGGAGAGUAUGAAAGAGAUAGAGAAGUUAGAAUGUGAGGCUGCGUCUCUGAGAUCAGCCAAUGAGGAUCAGCGACGCCAUAUUGAGAUUUUAGAACAGGCACUGAAGAACACUCAGAGCAGAGUGGUCAAACUAGAGGAGGAGCUGGGGAAGAAGCAGGUGUAUGUGGAUCGGGUGGAGAGGCUGCAGCAGGCCCUGGCUCAGUUACAGACUGCCUGUGAGAAGAGAGAGCAGCUGGAGAGACGGCUCCGCACUCGCCUGGAGAGGGAGCUAGAGAGCCUUCGCACACAGCAGCGGGCUGGGAUGGGCGUUUGCUCCCCGGUGUGUGAGUCCAGUGCUCCUGCCCUGCUGGACCUGCUGAGGGAGAGAGAGGAGAGGAUUCUGGGCCUGGAGGCUGAUAUGACACGGUGGGAACAGAAGUAUCUGGAGGAGAGUGCCAUGAGACACUUUGCCAUGGAGGCAGCGGCUACUGCUGCAGCACAGAGGGAUACUACGAUCAUCCAGCACUCACGCAGCGGUAGCUAUAGCCACAGUACACUGAGACAACCAGACAGUGAUGAGAAACUACAGAACAGCCAACGCGCUCAGGACAUGGAGCAAAGAAUGAAGGACCUGCAUGCUCAGUUGCUGGAGAAGAACGCCAUGAUUGAAGUCUUGCAGCAGCGCUCCCGUAAAGACUCCACCCCUCUACGCCCCGCCCGUUCCGUGCCCUCCAUCUCCAUAGCGACAGGCCUACACACACGCCAGACCUCCCAGACGGACAGGAGAGAGGAGAACAGCUGGAAGGGCAGUGCCAGUGUUCUCAUGGGGAAAGAUUCGGUGGAGCAUUCCUCCCCCUCAAGUCUUCCCCCUCUGCCCCCUGCCUCGGCCGCCUCCUCUCUUCCCUGCACUCCUCUUUUGUCCCUCCAUUCCAAGUCGGCCAGCAGAGACAGCAGCACCCAGACGGGGCGGAGUCCAGAGCUGCUCAGGGCCACGCCCACCUUAGGCAGAGCGCGCCCAGGAAAGACAGACUCUCCCUCUACCCUGACGAAACCCACAGAGAGUCGCCCAGCUCUAAUCCAGGGGCAAAGAGUUCCUCUCCCUGACUCUGACCUGGUGGAAAUCCUCAUCUGA